GCUUGCACAACAGCUUUGUGCGUGAUUUUUUUUUUUCAUUCUCGUCUUAGACUCGAGGCAGGAAAUCUACGUCACUAGAACUGGAAACAUCCUAUCCGACAAACAGGAUGACUUGCAGAUAAAGGCACACGUUAGAACCGAAAGCGUUUAGUAGAGCGAGAGAAAAACACACGCACAGAGAGAAAGAGAGAGAGAAAGAGAGAGACUGCACUGCUAAAAGGACGGGAGAUUAAAAACCCAGACGUGCUUUAAAGAUGGCCAGCGCUCCUAUACCCCUGCCUAAUGUGGGAAGUGGCUACACCAUCGUCACUCAAGUUCUUCCCUCAUCAACAUCCUCAAAUACAGCAGAUCAAAAUUCCCCUCAGAUGCUCGGCCCACUGCGGAAAUUCCUGAAAGGAGAACCCAAAGCGCUGGGAACUGUCCAAAUAAUGAUUGGUUUGCUGACGAUAUUGUUGGGUAUCGUGAUGGCGGUCUACCCUCAGAAUAUCAGCGUGUACUCUGGAGUCAUAUUCUGGGGCUCGCUGCUUCACAUCACUGCUGGCGCUCUGGCUGUUUCAGCAAGCAACAAGCUUAAUGCCUGUGUGGUGAAGGGCGCUAUGGUGGUAAAUAUUUUUAGCACGAUAGCUGCAGGAAUCGCCAUCAUCAUGCUUUCCCUGGAUUUGGUGAUUGGGCCACAUAGACUCUGCCUCUUCAAUGGGUGCGGUAAUGACUUUAUCGCAGUGAGCCGUACCAGUGGAAUCAUUGGCGUUCUGCUGGUUUUCUCUCUGCUCCAGUUUACCAUCUCUAUCGCAAUAUCAGCCUUCACCUGCAAAGCCACCUGCACCAAUGAACCUACCCUGAACAUCAUCAAUGUGGUUCCAAACCCUGAGGGAUGGGUUCCUGUGGUCAGUUCCUUCCCAGCUCAUCAUGCUCAACCGGGGGACAAUACAAUGAAUGCUUUCACCAUGAGCAGUGCUCCUCCAGCGUACAGUGAGAAAAGCCAACCGGACAACAGAGGAUAAUUCUAAAUAAGAAAUUAUUCUUGUUAACUGUUAAAUAACACUGUUACUUAACACAAGAUGGAAAACAAUCACACUUGAGUGCUUACUACACAUCACACUGCUUACUUUAACACUACACACAUUCAACAUUUAAAUAAAUUAUUUUUGUUUCUCAAAGGAAUCUGUGUACAUUGAACACUCCCCCACACACAUUAUCUAUCUGUCUGUCUAUCUAUCUAUCUAUCUAUCUAUCUAUCUACAGUAUCUCCCAAAAGUGAGUACACCCCUUACAUUUGUGUAAAUAUUUGAUUAUAUCUUUUAAUGUGACAACACUGAAGAAAUGACACUUUGCUACAAUGUAAAGUAGUGAGUGUACAGCUUGUGUAACAGUGUAAAUUUGCUGUCCCCUCAAAAUAACUCAACACACAGCCAUUAAUGUCUAAACUGCUGGCAACAAAAGUGAUUUACACUGUUACACAAGCUGUACACUCACUACUUUACAUUGUAGCAAAGUGUCAUUUCUUCAGUGUUGUCACAUGAAAAGAUAUAAUCAAAUAUUUACAAAAAUGUGAGGGGUGUACUCACUUUUGGGAGAUACUGUAUAUAACAUACAGUAUAUCAUAUGUCUAUGAUGGUGUAUAACACUCAUAGCUCUUCUGUAAAGAAAAUACUGAUACGAUAAAAUGCUUCCAAAAAUAAAGAGAUUUAAAUAAUCUUUUGUUUCCGUGAA